AUGACGGACCUGGAUAAUGAGUUUGCACGCUUCGAAGCAGAGAUUCAGUCGCUGGAGCAGCAGAUGAAGCCCUCAGAUGAUAAGCAAAACACAAGAAACAAUUUAAAGGAUGAGCAGGAGCCAUUGGUAAAGAAAAUGAAGACAGUUAGCGACGGAUUGGCAGCUCCACUGAAGCCUGUGGUUGUAAAAGCGAAGACCAAGAUUUAUAUGGCUCCCCCACGUCCUGCCCCCGUGAAAAGAGACCAUUUGAUUGAAUUAGUAGCUGAAAAUGGUGCAGAACUAGUAGAUGAUGGACGUCCAAGGAUGCUUAAUACACUGGAAGAUGUGGCAGCACAUCGAGGAGCCCUCAGUGGCUUUCCAGCUGGUACAACGGGGGAACACGCAGCAAUUGUUGCAUCUGCAAUCUCAGGCUCAGCAUCUUUGGCGGAGUAUCGGUCAGUUCUGCCUCGUGUAGAUAUGGAUACAGGCCACGUGCUGCCUAUGAAGGAGCAGGAGAUGAUGAACAGACAACAGAGUGUCUACGAGUACGACCCCAAGAGAACAGCAGCGAGUAUUGCUGCAACAUCGCAGGGAAAAGAUAGUGCAGGAUAUGGUCAAGGAGGCAAGAGAAAACAAAAGCGGCACUUGCGACUUGCCGGUGGGAUAGUCUGGGAAGACUCGACACUCGAAGACUGGCCUGACAAUGACUUUCGUCUCUUUUGUGGAGAUUUGGGCAAUGAAGUAAGUGACGAGCUUCUUGCCCACAGUUUCGCCAAGUACGCUUCGUUCCAACGUGCACGUGUAGUGCGGGACAAGCUGACGCACAAGUCUCGAGGAUAUGGGUUCGUCAGUUUUACUGAUCCUUUUGACUACGCCAAAGCUUUGCGUGAAAUGAACGGUAAGUACAUUGGAAACCGACCAGUAAAACUAAGUAAAAGCAAGUGGCAGGAACGCAAUAUUGACGUUGCCAAAAAGAAGAUGCGCAAGCGCAAGAGCGACAAACAUCACCUAUUCCACUGA